UUUGAAAUUUCACACAACGCAUUUCAUACGAUCCAAUAUGUCAGCGCCCAUGAAAACCUAAGAGAAAAGAAAUACUGAGACAAUAUAACUCAACUCAAGACAUUACACGAAAGGAUGCCAGUACUGAUGGAAAAACAAAAAGAUAUUUUCUUUGAAGAAGAUGAUCUACCAUAUGAAGAAGAUAUUUUACGAAAUCCAUAUUCGGUUAAAUGUUGGCUUCGUUACUUAGAGUUUAAGAAGCUAGCUUCAAGAAAUGUUGUUAAUAUGAUUUAUGAAAGAGCUUUGAAAGAAUUGCCAGGAAGCUACAAAUUAUGGUACAAUUAUUUAAAACUACGGAGACGACAAGUAAAAGGGAAGUGUAUUAAUGACCCGGCUGUAGAGGAUGUAUGUAAUGCCCAUGAGAGGGCGCUAGUGUUUAUGCAUAAGAUGCCCAGAAUAUGGUUGGACUAUUGUCAGUUUCUAAUGGACCAGUGUAGAAUAACUAAGACAAGACGUACUUGUGACAAAGCCCUCAGAGCUUUACCCAUAACGCAACACUACAGGAUCUGGCCUUUAUAUCUGAAGUUUGCAAAAAUGUAUGAUCUCCCAGAGAGUGCAGUUAGAAUAUACAGGAGAAAUUUAAAGUUACAAAAGGAGAAUACAGAAGAUUAUAUAGAAUACUUAAAGUCCAUUGACUGGUUAGAUGAGGCUGCUAAACGAUUGGUUAAUAUUAUUGACGAUGAUAGUUACAUCUCUAAAGAAGGAAAAUCAAAACAUCAGCUUUGGAAUGAACUCUGUGAACUGGUUGCUAAGAAUCCAGACAAAGUGACAUCAUUGAAAAUUGAACCAAUCAUAAGACAGGGAUUGAAACGCUACACUGAUCAGAUUGGUGUAUUGUGGAAUUCUAUGGCAGAUUAUUACAUUAGAGGAGGACAUUUUGAAAGGGCUAGAGAUAUAUAUGAAGAAGCUAUAGAGACAGUAUUAACAGUCAGAGAUUUCACACAAGUUUUUGAUGCAUAUGCUGAGUUUGAGAAAAAUGUAAUUGGUGCUAAAAUUCAGACCAUGGAAGAAACUGGAGCUUCUGAGGAAGAUGAUCUUGACCUUGAACUUAGAUUAGCGAGAUUAGAAAAUCUUAUGGAUAGACGAUUACUUCUAUUAAACAGUGUGUUAUUGAGACAAAAUCCACACAAUGUACAUGAAUGGCACAAAAGAGUAACAUUAUUUAAAGACAAACCAAGAGAGAUUAUAAACACCUACACCGAGGCAGUGCAGACUGUGGAUCCAAAGUUAGCCACAGGGAAGCCACAUACAUUGUGGGUGGAUUUUGCUAAAUUUUAUGAAAAAGCUGGACAGAUUGAAGAUGCAAGAGUAAUAUUUGAUAAAGCAGUAAAGGUGCCAUAUAAACAUGUCGAAGAUUUAGCAUCUGUAUGGUGUGAAUGGGCUGAAAUGGAAAUCAGACAUGACCAUUUUGAUGAAGCACUGAAGUUGAUGCAGAAAGUAACAGCACCUCCGACACGUAAAGUUUCUUACCAUGAUGAGUCAGAAACAGUGCAAGACAGAGUACAUAAAUCUUUGAAAGUCUGGUCAUUGUAUGCUGAUUUAGAAGAAAGUUUUGGUACAUUUAAGACGUGUAAAGCUGUUUAUGACAGAAUUAUAGAACUACGGAUAGCCACACCACAAAUCAUUAUUAACUAUGGAUUGUUUUUAGAAGAAAAUAAUUAUUUUGAAGAGGCUUUCAAAGGCUAUGAGAAAGGAAUUGCUCUGUUUAAAUGGCCAAAUGUGUACGACAUAUGGAACACUUACUUGGUUAAGUUUAUAGAACGAUAUGAAGGUACUAAAUUAGAAAGAGCUAGAGAUUUGUUUGAACAAUGCUUGGAAAACUGUCCUCAGAAGUUUGCUAAAGCUAUCUUUUUAUUAUAUGCCAAGCUAGAAGAGGAGCAUGGAUUAGCCAGACAUGCCAUGGCUGUGUAUGACAGAGCUACAAAAGCUGUACUCCCAGAAGAAAGAUAUGAGAUGUUUAAUGUGUAUAUAAAAAGAGCAGCUGAGAUUUAUGGUGUGACAUAUACACGACCUAUUUAUGAAAAAGCUUUGGAAGUUUUACCUGAUGAACAAGCCCGAGAGAUGUGUAUAAGAUUUGCUGAUUUGGAGAGGAAGUUAGGGGAGAUUGACAGAGCUAGAGCUAUCUAUUCUCAUGCAUCACAAAUCUGUGAUCCUAGAGUAGCUCCUAACUUCUGGCAAGUGUGGAAAGAGUUUGAGAUUAAACAUGGUAAUGAAGAUACGGUCAGGGAAAUGUUGCGUAUAAAGAGAAGUAUACAAGCUAUGUAUAAUACACAGGUGAACUUCAUGUCGUCACAGAUGUUAGCUGCUGCAGCAGGGGCCAAGGGAGAUAAUCCAGAAUCAACAGAUGACAUGAAGAGAUUAGAAGAGAAAGCUAAACAAUUGGCAGAGGAAUCCUUACGUGAUCAACCCAAACCAGAUAAAAAUAUUCUAUUUGUCAGGAGUAAUACUACAGAUGAAGAGUUAGGAGAGAUGACUAAAACAACAAAUCCUGAUGAAAUCAACAUUGAUUCUGAUUUCUCAAGUGAUGAGGAUGAGAACGUUGAAGAAGUACAAGUGCAACAUGUACCGACAGAAGUUUUUGGUGGAUUAGCACCAGAAGAGGAGGACUGAAAGAACUUGUUUAUAAUUCAACAAAGGGAGAUAACUAUGUAGACAUUGCAUCAGUGGAAGUUAUUUCAUCUCAUUUAUACAUGAAAAUUUUGUCAAAUUUUGGUAACUGAGUUGCCAUUAUUUCAAGAUUGUUAGAC